CUCGCGCGGAUCCGGUCGUGGAAAAAUGGUCGUCGGUUGAAACCGUUGAAGUCACCGGUGUGUGUGGCCUGUCCUGCCCAAGUGGUCAAUUAGUGGCAAAUGGAUUACAUUGGAGUUGGUGGGUGUUGAACGCGUGUGGGAGUGGGGGAGCAAGUUAACUCUCAAGAGUCUGGUUGAGGUGUUGAAGAUGUGAAGAUCUGCGAGCGCAAUUAGUGCCUGCCGUUGAGUGAUUUCCCGCGGAAUGGUUCUCGUCCAUAAUUAAGGGUUGUGUCGAUUGUGGCGAUUCGGCCGGAACGAGGUGUGAAGAUCUGCUGGAAACACCUGGUUACAGUCCAUUAGUGGGUCGGGAGUCGUUACGGAUUGUGUUACACGGAGUGCCAUUAAACAUCUACCGCUAGCGGAUAAUCUCGACGGGAGCAGUAAAAUUCCUGCAAGUGUCAUAUUGUCGGGGAGUUCAGUAACGGAGAUAGGAAGCACAGCUUCACACAGGAUAAGGUCGUGGGUCACCGCAACCGGUUCUACCUUGUUAGAAGCAGGAGAAUCCAGCAACUCAACGGAAGAACUCAUCACCAUCUCGCCGAGAUGCCACCCGGAAAAACGUACCACUCGUGAUUGAAUUGAAUGAAAGUCAUCAUCACAAGGGGUGGUUGGCUGGCGGUGUCGAAAGUCAAGCGCAGGAAAAACCAGCAAAAGUGAGUGAACCAAGCGCGGAAUGAAAAGCUUCUAACCCCUUGGAGGUGGCUUUCAGUGCAACCUGUGGGGGUGGUGGUUCGAGAAGAAAAAAAGUGAGACUACCUUUAUCUACCUGGUUGAGCUGGGGAGGUUUCUUUUUUGUGCAUGUCGAAAAUUGGAAAUCAUCCUUCCCCCCGAGUGAAAGUGAGAGGCAGGUCGGCGCUGCUGCCCGCCAAGACAGGAAAAAUAACCUCCUCCGCCGGCUGAACAAAUGGACUGUCAUGAAUUAUGAAAAUGAUUUAACGCUGGAGCCAAGCAUCAGCAGCCCGAGUAGCAGCACGCGAUGGAUGGGGAAAACCGUAUCAUUCUCAACGUUGGAGGCAUCAGAUACGAGACGUACAAGGCGACGCUCAAGAAGAUUCCGGCCACUCGGCUGUCGCGGCUCACCGAGGCCCUGGCCAACUACGACCCGGUGCUGAACGAGUACUUCUUCGACCGGCACCCGGGGGUGUUUGCGCAGGUGCUCAACUACUACCGCACCGGCAAGCUGCACUACCCGACGGACGUCUGCGGGCCCCUGUUCGAGGAGGAGCUGGAGUUUUGGGGCCUCGACUCGAACCAGGUGGAACCGUGCUGCUGGUCAACGUACAGCGUGCACCGGGACACACAGAGCACCCUGGCGAUCCUGGACAAGCUGGAGCUGGACGACGAGCAGCCCUCGGAGGAGGCCAUCGCCCGGAUGUUUGGCUUCGAGGAGGCCCUCCUGAAUGGGGAGCUGACCUGCUGGCAGCGGACAAAGCCCAAGAUCUGGGCCCUGUUUGACGAACCGUCGAGCUCGACCGGCGCCAAGAUCGUCGCCGGCAUCUCAGUCUUCUUCAUCUGCAUUUCUGUGAUAUCGUUCUGUCUGAAGACACACCCGGGUCUCCGGGUGGAACUUCCCCCAUCCCUGCUGAACAUCUCGGCGAACGGCACCAGCGCCCUGCUGGCCAACAUGACCAGCAUCGUGGGCCCGCUGACCGGCGGACCCAGCAGUGGAACCAACUCGGCGGACGGGAAGGCCGACCCCCGGGCCAACCCGAGACCCCUGCGGACGGGGCGCCUCAUCUCGUCCGCGUACCGGAUCAACUCCGGCAAGGGUGGCAACAUCGUGGACAACUGGCAGGAGACGUACGGCCAACCGCACGAGGCCUUCUUCUACGUCGAGUUCGUUUGCAACGUUUGGUUUAUCAUCGAGCUGACGGUGCGGCUUGUGGUCGCCCCCAACAUCUUCGUGUUCAUCCGAUCCCCGGUCAACAUCAUCGACCUGGCCGCGACGCUCAGCUUCUACACGGACGUGUGCCAGCGGAUGGGUGAGCAGACGGGCCUGCUCGAGGCGUUCUCCAUCGUCCGGAUAUUGCGCCUGUUCAAGCUGACGCGCCACUCACCCGGCCUCCGGAUUCUGAUCCACACGUUCAAGGCCUCGGCCCGGGAGCUCACGCUGCUGGUGUUUUUUCUCGUCCUGGGCAUCGUCGUCUUCGCCAGCCUCGUGUACUACGCCGAGAAGCUGCAGGACAAUCCGGACAACCAGUUCAAGAGUAUCCCGUUGGGGCUGUGGUGGGCCAUCGUCACGAUGACCACCGUCGGGUACGGCGACAUGGCCCCCAAGACGUACGUCGGCAUGUUCGUGGGGGCGCUGUGCGCCCUGGCCGGCGUGCUGACCAUCGCCCUGCCCGUGCCCGUCAUCGUCAGCAACUUCUCCAUGUUCUACUCGCACACGCAGGCCCGCUCCAAGCUGCCGAAGAAGCGCCGACGGGUGCUGCCCGUGGAGCAACCCCGGCGGAAGCGGGACGUUGGGGUGGCGAACCGGCGGAUGAACGCGAUGAAGCACCAGCACGCCACCACCCACCCGACGGGCCACCCGGCCAUCUUUAAGGACGCUUUCGGCGGGGCGAAAAUCGGCCACGUGAACGGCGUAAACGUGAUAGGUCUCACCCUGCAGGGUCCCUCUGUACCGGGGCUGGCCGUCCUCAAGCCCCCCUCCAUCAUGCAGCAAGGUGACUUCAUUAAUGUCCCCGCGCUCAACUCCCUCCAGCCGCGGCAGCCCACGACCGGAAACGUGGAUUUAUUGCUUCCAUUACAACCCAAGUUGCUGGUUCCGCUGACAAUGGAUCGAAGGGACUCCAACCGAAACCCGAUGGAAUCUACGCUGGGAGGAUCGGGACUGACCGGCGGCUUUGGUUUGACGUCCACGCUGGCGACGAUGCCGAGUCCAGCACCGGUUCCAUGUCCGGCGGCCCCGGAGGAAGUCAUUUUGGAGCCCAAAGUGACGCUGCACAACGACAGCGCCAUCUCGACGCCCACGUCGUUCAACGAUGGCCACGAUACGCCCUCGGGGGAUGAAGUUUGAGGAAUGGUUUGGGAGUUGGCGUUGAGGUUAGGAGCUUGCAGCUGAUUUGUGCCAACUUGAUGUUGCGUGGAACGGAGGCAGGGUUAGAUGCGAAUGUUUAGUGUGUUUUGAGGGCGAGUUUUUUUUUUCUAGUCAAAGAAACCAAGUAAAAGCUUUAAAAACUGUUGGAUAUUUGGAGGCAGAUUGUGAAUAAAAGGACGAAUGAAAUGAGUAAAAAGUAAACACUUAAAAAUAGAGGUAAAAUUAAAUGUUUUUGUCAUACAAAAGCGUCCUCUAGCGAAUCGUUUUAAUAUGCUUAUAAGUGUAGAUAAAGAUUUGUACUUAUUGCCAACUAACAUAAUAAGUAUCUUAAAAAAAGUAUAGUGAUAAGUAAUAUAUGCUUAGACUGGAGAUAAUUGAUACUUUGAAAUCAUUUUUGUUAAACAAAAUAUCAUCAAAUUGUUG